CCAGUAGGGUAAAUACCCCACGUUCCAAUGUACCGACUCCGUGUCAGCUGCCAUGGUUGAAAACAAAGUCUUUGAUUAACACCUAUUGAUAUAUAUUGAAUUUUGUUUUACUAUAUCCUUUCAUCGUGUUUGUUUUGAAAAUAAUUUGUUGACCGCUAUAUUGGAACAGCCCCGGUUGAACGUGUCUAUUUAUAGUAUCUGUUAUGGUGGUAGAGAGUCUGUCUGGGUAAUUGACAAGAAGUAAAAGUGAACAUCACUAGUUAUUUGCUCCCGGUGUAAUGAUGAGAAUUAAGAGGUAAUAUACCAACCAGGUAUAACAAUAGAAGUAUGAAUUCAUCUUUCAUUUAUCCAACAAUACUAUAUGUAUUAUUGAUGACGUUAUCAACAGUAUGUUGUAAUACAGGUAAUUGUAGUAUAGACUGUGGAUAUAAAAAUCACUGUAAUAUAACAACUGGUGUGUGUGAUUGUUUACCUGGUUAUAGUGCACAUAAUAAUGGCAGAGAUUGUAUAUCAGAUAAUUGUGAAAUAAAUGAUUGUGUGGAGUGUUUAUCAUCAAAGUGUAUAAGAUGUGUGAAUUUUAUAUCGCGUAAGAAUGGUGAAUGUAUAGAACAAUGUAAUGGUAAAGCACAGAUAUCACAUGAUGGGCCAUUACAGGGAAAUGUUUGUUCAGAAUCUGAUGGUGAAUCAACAGAUAUAGUUAUAGCUAUUGUAGCUGGUGUAGCAGCUAGUUUAUUAUUGUUGAUUAUUAUAGCUCUUGGUGUAUUCUUUUAUAUGAGAAAAACCAGGAGAAAUGUUAACUUACAAGAAAAGAAUUAUAAAUCUCGUCAGAUAGAGAUGGGUAAUAUGAAACAGUUUCCAGUUUAUGAUAAUAAAGCCUUUGAAACAGACAGUCAAAUUGAACCAAAAGUUAAUGUGAUUGACCCUCAAGCCUAUGCCACACAACUUGAAGAACUCAGACCUCACACAGAAACAUUGAUGACAGUGUUAGGUGAAGUACGUAAAAAGCUACAUGCCAUGGAAGAUGAUGAUCCUAGAGUACCUACUUACAAAGGUGUUAUUCAUCAGUUAUGUCGAGUUUUAGUUUUGUUACAUAAGAAAGAUUCAGCAACCAGUAUUCCGUCCGAUGCCUUAGGUUUAUUUGAAUGGGCUCAACAGAUGUUAGAGGAUCAUAGAGCACAACAAGAGCAGGAAGGUAGUAAUAGCGAAAGUAAUGAACCUCCUGCAGGAAGAAUCUCUUAUAUUGAUGUUGAUCCUGAAAAUCUCCCAGUUUACGCUACACCAAGUCAUCAUCAAAAUCAUCCAACAGUCAACGAUUCCAUAGACACAUCAGGAUAUUAUAGCAGUGUUCCCGUCCCGUUAGGUCCCAAUAAUUACGCAACAAUCAACCGAAGUCCAGCGCAUGCUACAAAUGUUAAUAGAAACAUUUAUUCAAAGACAAAUAAUGUUAAAAAGUAUGUGAAUAAUGUUAAAGGUCGAGGUAGUGUUCCACAGAUGGGAUAUUUUUCUAAUGGACGAUACUAUGACCCUAAUCCUAACACCGAUAUUUACGCUCCAACAAGUUCCUAUAGUGACCGAAGUACCGGCCCUCUUUCUACAUUUUUGAGUGAGAAACAGCAUUCUAGGUCUCGAUCAUUAUCCAUAAAUGCUGAAUCUGAAGAUGGGGAUGAUGAUAUGGAAGAUGAUAAUGGUCAAAACGAUGUAUUUCCUUUUGAUCCACAAGAAGCAACAGAUCCAGUUGAAGUUUAAAUCAGAGAAAAUAGAUGAUAUUGUGAUAUAUAAUUGACAGUUACUACUUACAACAUAAUGUUGUGCAUUUAUGUGAAAAAAUAUCCUUGUUGAUUCCUUUAUUGUGAUAUGAAAUUGACGCUAUUGUUGAUUGGUUGUGCUAUGUGUUAUAAACUAUGACAAUGUGUUGUGCUAUUAGAAGUGAAAUUCAAUUUUCUUCGAUAUUUUUGGACAUAAACCUACAUUGCUACUUACAUCAUAAUGUCUAUUUUGGCAAAUUUGUUACCGCCAUUUAUAUAAAUUAUCAUUUUGCAUCCAUUUUAUUUUUUGACACUUUUGAACCAUCUCAACAUAUUUAAAGGAUUUUUUUAUUCCAUAUAUACAUAUUUGUGGUGCCAUUAUUUAUCAAUAUCACGUAUUCUUUUGUUAAAGAUCGUUACUGCAAUGUACACAGAAAGCUUUCAUGACAACAUUUAAUUAUCGACAUUGUAUGGUAAAUUUAAUAACUAUAUAUCUAAUCAACAUUACCAUACAUCCAUAAUGUAUAUCCAGAAAUCAUAAGAUUUAUUUUUUAGCUUAUUUUUUAUGAUUAACUUGCGAUUGUUUUUUUUAUAUGUUUUUAUCUGAAAAUCGUAACAGAUCCUACAUUCAUCUCAAUAAUCAUUGAAUCUCUUUUAGAAUUAUUAAAUUUAAAGAUGCAUUAUAUACGAUUUAGAUACAGAACUGGCCGUUCUAUAAUAGAUAACGAGAAAUGAAUAUUUUCAAAAUUUCAGGCAUAUUACUUUAUUCUGAUUGAAGUUUUGACAAGAGAUAGGGAAAUAGUCUUGAUUGUCAAGUACCAUUGCUACAUUAAUAAAUAGAGGCCUUGAUUUUCCAGUUUAACAUUAAACUAUUGCAAUGUAUGGUUCAGUCUUUAGAUGUUCUAAUCCAUUUGAUGUCUAAGUCAUCUGAUUGCCCAAAGAGUUGAUUAUGGGCUUGUCAUUUCAUGUAAUUUAUAUAACAUUUGAAGCCAGAAAAAAGAGCUGUAAUAGGCAGAUUUAGAUCUUACAUAAUGCAUCUUUAACAUGUCAUGUUAUCUCAUAUUUAAACUAAAAUAUUCCUUUGAUCAGUUAUUUUACUCGUGCUUCAUAUUAAAAAAAAAAUAAUGCUGUUUUGCAUAUUUAAGUGCCUUGCUAAAAUAUGUCAUUCACAAGAACUAUUGUUGUUUAAGAGUUGUUGAUUAGGAGUGGAGUUGUUGUUGGUGAUUUUUAAAUACAAAAAUGCCAAAAUUUAAUGAAAAAGGAGGUGAAUAUUUAAUAUUUGUAUAUAAGGUGUAAAUUAAAAUGGAAAAAAUUAUUAUGCCUACUGAGUACAGCUCUAAAUUUUACAAUUAAAUAUUACUACAUGAAGUUAUUACCAUAAGUUAUAAUGAUCUGUUUAAAAAAAUAGUGAUGUGAUGUUAUUGUAUGCCUAUAUUAGUUGACUUGUAAUAACACAUGGUUAAACUUGAUUACAUGUAAUUACCCAAUAAGCACAAAUAUAUAUACAAGUCACAAUUCUAUGGAAUAAUAUUAGUGUUUAUUACUAAUCUCAGUAACAGUAAUUAUAUUCCAUAGAAAUAUGUCAUGUAUAUUCCCAUUUAUCACACAAAUAUGUCAUUUAUAUACUUCUUACUAAAUCUUUGUGAUUAACAUUUUCAUUGUCUCGAUACAAUAUCCCUCUUCAUUCAGGUUUGCUCAAAGUGCAAUUAGUCACCAGUUUAUGGUAGUUUUAUAAAACUUGCUCAAAUAUUAUAAUCAGCUUAUUGUGUUCACAAUUAAAAUCAAAUAUUAUGAUAUUUUUAUAUGUCAUUAUGUUUAUAUAAGUACUACAGUAGAUAAAGCUUCAUUACCAUAAACAGUAUCAUUAUAAUAUUCUUAUCAAACUAAUGAAAUACAGGUUAACACUGAGUCAUUUUCAUGUGAUAUUAUAAACUAUACAUAAAAUGAAUUAUUAUUACAUGUUCAAUAUAUCACAUGAAUGUUCCUUUAGCCUUAAAAAACACGACAUAAAACAAUCACUAGUUGGUACAUGCAUAUAAAACAAUGUUUCAACAAGUGUUCUCUUAUUAUUUUCAAGCAAAAAUGAUAAUAAUUAUUUAGUAAACUGAAAGGUAAUAUAUAUAUAUAGUGAUACUAUAAGGAAGUCGUAAAUGUAAAGUUAGUUAUUGUAUUAGUACUAGCCGAAUCAAUCGCCGCAGAUGUUCGUCUAGUAUGUCCAGUGUCCUGAUGGCGAAUUUGUUUUUACCCAAAUGAUAUGCAUGAAUUAAACAUGUUUGAUUUAUUCAGUCUAAUUUUCAUUCACCAUGUUUAUAUUCGUUUUGUGUGUCGGGUUUGCUGAGGCAUUCAUCCAAUUGUAGAAUUCAUUAGUCAAUUGAUGUCAACAAAGUCAUAUGAUUUUUUGAAGACAAAAUUGCAUGUAUCACUGAAACGUUGAAUUUAGAGAAAGAAACAGAGCUUAUUAUUUUAUGAGUGGAGACGAAUAUGGCAUAAAAUUAAACAAAUUCCCACCACUGCAGCUAUUUUUUUCUUUUCUUGGUCUCUGCCAUGAUUUAUCACAUGGAAGGUGAUGCAAUCGGCUGGUGAAUUGGGCUAAGAAUUCGUCAAGUCUGUCCACUCAAUCGGCCAAAUUAAGUCGGUGGCGUUCAAUCCGGUGAAUGAAUCAGCUAAGGUGUCUGCUGCUUAACUAUCAUUUAUGCUUGAAAAUGAUAAGAGAACAUUUUGGCUUGAAAACAGUAAGAGAACCUUUGUUGAAACGUUGUGCUACAUGUGUAAGAAACCAGUGAUAUUUUUCUGUAUAAAUUAUGUUGUGUUUUAUUAUGCUCAACCGCGAAAUCCCACAUAAGGAUCUCCUUAAGCCUUGUUUUGAAUCCGAGUUUCAGAAAUUGUUUGUUUUUUUGUCCAGUUUUUUUUUUCAAUCAAUUCAUAGUAAUAUAUCAGAAUAAUAUCAUUUUCAAACAGAACAUUCCUGAUAUAGGUAUUUAUUUAAUGUUACGGUUGUGGGAUAACACGUAUAUAGUAAAUCCAUUAGUUAUAUUUUUUUGUAAGAUAAACUGCAUAUUUAGUCAACAUAUCUAAGUUUUGACCAUUUUGGCUCAUGGUGUGUAAUAAGAUUUAUUUAAUAAAAAAAAAAACAUUAUUGUCA